AUGGAUGACACAAGUUUGAGAGAUAGACAGAUAGCGAUUCUUGAGCGCAUGCUCCAUUUAAAUAAAGAUGGGUCCGCCGAUCUUACUUUAGCAACGAAGAAUGAAGAGAUAAUCUGGAAGGUCCUAAUACUCGACUCUAAAUCACAAGCCAUAUUGUCAUCUGUCUUAAGGGUCAAUGGGUUGAUUAAGUGUGGAAUUACAUAUCAUUCUUUGAUCAAAGCAAGAAGAUCUCCUUUACCUGAUGUUCCAGCAAUCUAUUUUGUUGAACCAAAUAUCGAGAACAUAUUAAUUAUCAUAGAUGACUUAAAUAAUGACAAGUAUGAUACCUUCUACAUCAACUUUACCUCUGCAAUUCACAGAGAGCUACUUGAAGAUUUUGCAAAGAAAGUAUCUAUUUCAGGUAAGGCAUCUAAAAUCAAACAAGUUUAUGACCAAUAUCUCGACUAUAUUGUUACAGAGCCAAAUCUUUUCUCACUAGACCUACCCAAAAUUUUUACGAAGUUCAAUAGUCCUGAUACAACAGAAGAUCAAAUUCAUGAAACGGCUGAUAAAAUUGCUCAAGUUUUAUUAUCUUUAAUUAUAACUUCAGGAUCCAUUCCAAUUAUUCGGUGUCCUCUGGGUGGUUCAGCAGAAUUUGUUGCUUCUCAGUUGGAUAUGAAGUUGAGAGACUACUUGAGUAAUUCUAGAAAUUCGAGCAGCCAGUCCUUCCAACAAAGACCAGUUUUAAUUCUCCUUGAUCGUAAUGUGGACUUGGCCUCCAUGUUUGCUCAUUCUUGGAUCUAUCAAUGUAUGGUCGGCGAUGUUUUCAAGUUGAAGAGGAAUACUAUCCAAAUCCAAAAGUAUUCAGAAAGUGAUUCAAAACCCGUGAAUAAGAGCUACGACAUUGAUCCAAAGGAUUUCUUUUGGAACAAGUACUCUCAAUUGCCUUUUCCGGACGCAGUUGAAAAUGCAGAUACGGAACUAAACUCAUAUAAAAAAGAUGCUCAAGAUCUCACAAAUAAAACUGGCAUAACGUCCCUUAAUGACAUAGAUCCAAAUUCUAAUAAUGAUACUGCUCAUAUUCAACAAGCAGUGGAGGCAUUGCCAUUAUUAACAGCAAGAAAGGCAACGUUGGAUAUGCAUAUGGAAAUACUAGCUUCAUUGAUUAGUGAAUUACAAGCGAAAAAUUUAGAUAGAUUUUUCGAGCUUGAGCAAAAUGCUCAUGACCCAAAAGCUCAACAGGAGUUUCUUGAGGUUUUCAAGGCUGACUCAAAAAGAGAUAACUCAAUUGAUAAAUUGAGGACUUUCAUUAUUUUAAACUUAAUUACUGAUUUGCCCAAGGAUUUCAUAAAAAAAGUUGAAAACUUGUUCACGGAAACAUAUCCAGGUAUUGAUUUGAGUCCGCUCAAGUUUAUUUUAAAAUAUAAAGAGUUCACUAAGUUAACUAACUUAUCAUCGUCGAGUGAGGUUUCUGGAACCCUGCAUCUUUCAAGUUCUAGUGCCAAUGGAAAUGCAUCCGCGCUCUUGAGUGGAUUAUCCUCGAAGUUAUACGGAUUAACAGAAGGGAAAAUAUCAGAGGGUUUGUCAUCUUUUGCUUCUAAGAUAAAAAACUUCAUUCCAGACAAAAAGCAAUUACCAGUCACUAACAUCACAGAAGCGAUAAUGGAUCCUACAAAUGCUUCUAGUCAUUCUGUUCAAAUCACUGACGAUUAUUUGUAUUUAGAUCCAAAGUCAAGAGGUGGUCAUUCUAAACCUCCAAAAAGACAGUUCUACCAAGAGGCUCUCGUCUUUGUGAUAGGCGGAGGGAACUACAUAGAAUAUCAAAAUUUACAAGAAUGGGCCACGCAGCCGAAUAAACCUGCCAAGAAAGUUAUUUAUGGUAGUACAGAGAUUCUUACAGCCAAUGACUUUUUGUCAGAAUGCUCAGCAUUGGCCAAGUCUUCAUGA